CAUUUACGUAAUACGACGUCCUGUACGUAGGCGCGACCCAUUCUUGUAUACCAUAGCAAAAUGGCGUCCGUUUGCCGAGUCGGGAGCACUGUGGGGAGAAGCCUCGCAAAAUACCGCAACCCCAUCCUGCUGUCUCUGCGACGUCAGUCCUCAGUCAGCUAUGCCCAGAGCCUGGCCGGAGCCCCAGAGACUCGCCUGACUGCCCUUGAUAAUGGCUUGAGGGUUGCCUCCGAAGAGACCGGACAUGCAACUUGCACUGUUGGACUAUGGAUCGGUGCUGGUAGCCGUUAUGAGAGUGAGAAGAACAACGGUGCGGGCUUCUUCCUGGAGCACAUGGCCUUCAAGGGGACCAAGAAGCACCCACAGACGGCGCUCGAACAAGAGGUGGAGUCAAUGGGUGCCCACCUGAGUGCGUACACCUCCAGGGAGCACACCGCAUACUACAUGAAGACCCUGGCUAAGGACCUGCCUAAAGCCGUGGAGCUGCUGUCGGAGGUGGUUCAGCAUUGCUCUUUGAACGAGGCGGACGUGGAGCAGCAGAGGGCCGUGGUGCUGCGAGAGCUGGAGGAGGUGGAGGGCAACUUACAGGAGGUCUGCCUGGACCUGCUCCACGCCACAGCCUUCCAGGGCACCCCCCUGUCCUACAGCGUCCUCGGGCCCUCCUCCAAUGCUAGGACUCUUUCCCGUCAGGACCUAGUGGAGUACCUUGGCAGCCACUACAAGGCCCCCCGCAUGGUGCUGUCAGCGGCCGGAGGUGUGAACCAUGAGGAGCUGGUGGGCUUGGCCAAGACUCACUUCAGCGGCCUGUCUUUUGAGUACGAGGGCGACGCCAUCCCAGUGCUGUCUCCCUGUCGCUUCACCGGAAGUGAGAUCCGUAUGCGUGACGACGCUAUGCCCCUGGCUCAUGUGGCCAUUGCUGUGGAGGGCGCCCGCGUCGGCAGCCCGGACAUUGUGCCUCUGAUGGUGGCCAACUCCAUCAUUGGAAGCUAUGACAUCAAGUCCGGCGGCGGAAAGAAUAUGAGCAGUCGUCUGGCUGCGAUGGCCGCUGAGGAGAACUUCUGCGAAAGCUUCCAGGCCUUCCAUUCGUCCUACAGCGAUACCGGCCUGAUGGGCAUGUACUUUGUGACCGAUAUGCACCACAUCGAGGACAUGAUGCACUGGUCUCAGAACGCCUGGAUGAAUAUGUGCACCACAGUGACAGACAGUGAUGUCGCCAGAGGCAAGAAGUCUCUGAAGGCUAGCCUAGUGGCACAGCUCAAUGGAACGACCCCAAUCUGCGACGACAUCGGCAGGCACGUCCUAAACUACGGCCGUCGUGUUCCUCUUGCCGAGUGGGACGCCAGGAUUAACGCCGUGACGCCAAAGAUGGUGCGCGAUGUCUGCUCCAAAUACAUCUAUGACAAGUGCCCCGCUGUGGCAGCUGUCGGCCCCGUUGAGCAACUUCCCGACUACAACAGAACGCGCGCCUCCAUGUACUGGCUGAGGUUCUAAGACGUCCGGCAUUGUGUGUCCAGUAGCCCGGCUCAACACAGCCUGCCAUCCACCUCUCCACCCCCUCCACAUGCUCACUCAUCAUUCUCAUUGAAUGUGCUCCGUGUUGUAGUUCUUGGUUGAGACCUGUUGCUGGCUAUUUAAGAGCAAAGUGAGGGGUUCCUUUUUGAACAUGAAGCGAUCGGUCUAACAUUAAAUCAGGACACGGUGGAACUAGUCCUUGAAGAGCAAACAUCUAUUUAUGAAUAACGAUUUGUUUCUGUCCUCUAUUGUACAUAACGGAAGCUCUGAUUCCCAACAAAUAAAACUCUGUUGUUCAACAUA